AUUUGGAGGACCAUCAAGCUGGCCACGCUUUUCAGUCGAUAGGCAGCCAUCAAAGUACCGCAAUCUUCAGCCACCUUGAGUUCCGCCCGGAGCGCGGGGGUGCGGAAACCUCCAGAUUGCCUUCAUCUCGCCAGCUUACCCCAUCCCUCGAUUCUACAGACACCCGCGUUCUCCGGUUUUUAUCCAUUGGCUCACUCGGCGAGAUAUCAGGCUCGCGGGCUCGUCACCUGAAUAAGCAUAAUUACACCGCGUCUGCGGGGGCCUUCGCAAAGCUCCGUGGCUUAACCGUGGUCCACAGCUCUAGAAGUGGUAUCCUGUCAAAAGUCACCUAUCGCGGUAGAUGAUGCUCCCUAUGGUCUCAUCGGCUAUGAAUCGAUUUCGCAUCCAAAGAAGGUCACCUUCUACCAAUGAGUCUUCCCCUGGUGCUGAGGAACCACAUGCCACCGAGCAGGAGAUUGAAGAGCCGUAUUUUCCGGACCUCUACGAUGUUCUCAAAACCCGGCAUAUCCUGCGAUGGAAGGUAGUGCCAGGAGGGUUGCCUCUGGAAAUUGUGGAUAUGAUUGUGGAUGCGGCCGAGUAUUGGGCUUCGGUGGUAUCGGAGAUGCGAGGACAACGAAUCAUACGACAAGACGGGGAUCAAGUGCUCGUGAGAACAAGUCCGUUAUGCUAUGAUGAGAAGACGCUGGGCAGCCCGUCGCCAAAACUACUCCCGCAUCGGACGAUCCACCCAUGUCGGAAGAUUAUCUUCUUUGUCCGUUCUCAUGAUCAAGGCUGGGGUGGUGGUCGUCGAGCAGAUCGCAGUCCAUUUCAGGGAUCCAAUACCUGGUUUGAUGUCGAAGUGGUCCACUCUGCACAUGAGGGCACCCCAGCAGAGGCCUCGACGCUUCCAGAAGUAGGGGAUGAUGGGAUCCGAUUAAGAGCCGGCCAUCCCCUUCUAAACCCAAGUAGCUGCAAGCUGCAAUCGAAUCGGACGUAUGUGAGGGACGCCGAGGAAUACACGAUCACCUGGCACUAUCUCGACCGCAUCCCGGCCGACUCCGCGGAGGCCGAGGAGAUCGAACGUGCUCAGGGACGGGGACGGGCCACGCUGGAUGGUAGCCAAGUCUGCACAUUGGGGCUGGGCGAUGCGAUUUCCGUCUGGGGACGAGCUCGAUAUGGAGGAUGGACGAACUAUGUGGAGCAAGUGUCGGUGCGAGUGUUCUGGGCGGUAUAAGAGCCAGGGCCUAUCAGCCAGUACAUAUACAAUGUACAGAGGGUAGAAUACUCCGUAACAGCCAGAAUCCAACAUGAACAAGGAUGACCAACGA